AUGACGGAAAAGAAGAAGGCCGGGCUGUUCCACAGCUCCAGCGAGAAGAAGCGGUUCGACGACAACUCGUCUGGCGCCUCGGUCACGAACCCGGACAACAUUGAGGCGUAUCCCAGUGUCAAAACGCAGAUUGCGGCCGAUGACAGGCGGCACGACGCCGUCUUCGGCGAGAUCACAGAGAAGGGCCCCGACUACCGCAACGUCGGCUGGCUGGGCGCGACGGUGCUCAUGAUCAAGUCGGCGUUCGGUCUCGGUGUGCUGUCCAUCCCCUUCGUGUUCCAGGCCGUCGGCAUCGUCCCGGGCAUCAUCCUCAUCAUUGUCAUCGAGGCCAUUGUCACGUGGAGCGCCUGGGUGCUCGGCGAGUUCAAGCUCGCCCACCGCGACACCUACUCUCUCGCCGAUGUCGGAAGGACGCUCGGCGGCCGCGUCGGCGAGGAGUUCUUCACCCUCGCCGUGUGCAUCUGUAUGCUCUUCUUCUCUGGCUCGGGCAUGGUCGGUGUCACCACUGCGCUGAACGCGGUCUCGACCCACGCCACCUGCACCGCUGUCUGGAUGGUGGUCGUCUUUGUCGUCUCCUUUGCGGCCGCCUCGAUCCGCACCCUUGGCAACAUCACGUGGCUCGGUUGGGUCGGUCUCAUCUCGAUUCUGUCCGCCGUCCUCGUCAUGACGAUCAGCGUCGGCGUCCAGGACCGCCCCUACGACGCCCCCAAGGCUCCCGCCCCCUGGGACAAGGACUUCAAGGUCGUCGUCCCCACCACGUUCGCGAACGGUAUCUCUGCCGUGGCCACGAUCCUCUUCGCGGCCGCCGGAACGCCCACCUACUUUGGCAUCAUCUCCGAGAUGCGCAACCCGCGCCUCUACAAGCGCGCGAUGCUCAUCAACCAGGCCUUCGUCACCACCGUGUACAUUGUGAUUGCCUCGGUCGUCUACUGGUACUGCGGCAAGUAUGUGACGCAGCCUGCGCUCGGCUCCGCGGGCCCGCUCAUGAAGAAGAUUGCGUACGGCCUGUCCAUCCCCGGACUCUUCUUUUCCGUCUUCCUCUGGAUCCACAUUCCCGCCAAGUUCAUCUUUGUGCGCCUCCUCCGCGGCUCGCGCCACCUGAACGCCAACACGCCCACGCACUGGGCCACCUGGGUCGGCCUCGCCUUCCUCGGCACGACGAUUGCGUACAUCAUUGCGUCGGCCAUCCCUAUUCUUGACUCGAUCAUCUCCCUCGUCGGCGCCCUCAUCGCGCCCACCCUCUGCAUCAUCCCCUUCGGAUUCAUGUACCUCCACCUCAACGUGCGCUACCGCCGCUGGAGCGACCUGCCCCUCAGCACCAAGAUUGGCGCCAUCUGGGCCUGCAUCGUCAUCCUCAUCGGCCUCUUCAUCACCGUCGCCGGCACCUAUGGCGCCGUCGUCACCAUCAUCAACCAGCCGGGUGACGGAAAGCCGUGGUCGUGCGCGGACAAUUCGAACUCGGUCUAA